CUCUCGCCCACUCGUGUCGGUCGAGUCGUCGCCUCCGAACACACCCGGGCCGUCUAAGACUCGUAUCAAUUGGGAUAGAUGCGUUUCCACAGAGAAGGGGAUUGCUCGGACAUCUUGAGAGAGAAACUCACAGAUACGACCAAGGAGCGGGCCAUGGUGACGAGGCGGUGGAAGGUGAGCGUCGUGGCUGCGGCGGCAGCUUCUUUCUCUGCGGCUGCUUCCCCCAUCCAUAGCCUCGACGACGGAUGCCUUAUGCACAUCUUUAGCUUCCUCACGCCCAUACCAGAUCGCUACAGUAUCGCCCUUGUUUGCCACAGGUGGCGCUGCCUGGUGUGUCAUCCCCGACUAUGGUUGCGAGUGGAAAAUUCUAUUAGAAACAUGGGUGAGCCUGGAGUUUUUCCCAAUCUUGAGGCUGCAAUUUCUGCUGCAAGGCCUGGUGAUACCAUUCUGAUUGCUCCUGGUUUGGAUCAUGUUGCAUGUAAUAUCCAGAUCAAAAAGCCUCUUUGCCUAAUCGGUGGGGGUGAACAUCCGGAUGAUACUGUAUUGACUUGUUCUCGUGGCUCUGAAAGCGCAUUGGAGUUUCUUUCCACCUGCAAGAUAACUAAUUUGAUGAUCAGAGCAGAGCUAGGAUGUUGCUUGCUUCACCGUAGCGGGAGAUUAACAAUUGAAGGGUGCAUUCUUCAGUGUGAAGAAAACCCAUUAGAUUACCUCUCCUUUCCAAUAAUGAGCACAGCCAAUGGAUGCCAUGCAUUUCCACAGCCGGUAAAGGGACAUGGAGAUGGUGUCACGGUUGCUCGGACAAGAAUUGAAGGUGGUGCCAAGGCUGUUUGGACCAGUGGCAAUUUGGUGUUGCAACGUGUACGAGCCAUUUACUCACGAACUUCCAUCUUUUUCUGGUUUGAAGUCGCGGAGCAGUAGGCUUCAGCUGUGUGGUAGCUGCAAGUAUAUGUUUUUACUAGUCUAGAUUAGUUAUAAGUUAUUACUUGAAAGUUGAAUGAUCUCUAUGCAAUGUACACUGUUUACAUUCGUGACCAAUCAAUGAAUCUGUUUGCAUAGCAUUAACUUA